CUCCUCUUCUCUUUGCUCCUCUCUCUCUCUCCUUCUAUUCAAACAAUUCCUUCAUCGCAGUCAUUUCUCAUUUACUAUAAUCUUUCAAUCUACACGGUUCACAAAAUGACUUUCAGCGUUUCUGAGGCUAGAUCUCGCUUUCCAGCUCUGAACCAGGAACAAGUCUUCCUCGACAACGCCGGAGGCAGCCAGGCGUUGGACUCGGUCAUUGAAUCCAUUACGACUUACCUCUCGAGCACCAACGUUCAAUUAGGCGCCACCUACAAAAUAGCCAAAGCGUCAACCGCCGCCUACGGCCACGGCUACGAAGCAGCAGCCAAGUUCAUCAACGCAAAACCUGAGGAGAUCUGCUUGGGAGUUUCGACCACGCAGCUCCUUCACAACCUAUCGACCGCCCUUGACUUCCAGCCCGGGGACGAACUCAUUAUCUCGAAACUGAACCAUGAAGCCAAUUCCGCCGCUUGGGAUAGAAUCGCCACGCGCCUGGGACUGACAGUAAAAUGGUGGUCGGCUUCCGACCGUCAGAAUCCCAUCUGCGACCCUGAGGAGCUGAAAGCGUUGCUCUCCAACAAGACAAGGCUCGUGGCGUUUCCACACGUCUCGAACAUCACCGGCACCAUUAGUGACGUCAAGCAGAUCACCAGAAUAGUGCAUCAAUAUCCCCGAGCCCUAGUAUGCGUUGACGGUGUCGCGCUCGCCCCACACCGACAACUUGAUGUCAAGGAUCUUGACGUUGACUUCUACGCAUUUUCAUGGUACAAAGUCUACGGCCCUCAUAUGGCCCAGCUCUACGCCGCAUCGCGGAUCCAUGACCAGAUCAGCCCCCUGUGCCACUACUUCAAGACCACCGAAACACUAGACCUGAAGCUCAAUCUGGCUUCGGCAAACUACGAGUUGACCCAGAGCAUUCCUCGCGUUCUGGAAUACUUUGGGUCUGACUUCACUGCAGCGUGGGAUCAGAUCGCUACCUUUGAGGAGAAGCUACAGAAGAUUCUUUUGGACUAUCUGAACGAAGAGGAACGCAUCACAAUCUAUGGAGAACCAUCAGCAAGCAAGGAGCUUCGGGUUCCUGUCAUCAGCUUUGUGGUGAGGGGGAUCAAGAGUCAGGCUUUCGUGGAAGAGGUUGAGAAGCGAUCGCCGUUUGGCUUCCGAAGUGGACAUAUGUAUAGUCACCGUCUGGUCAAGGAUAUCAUUGGGUUGGACGACAUUGAGGACGGCGUUGUACGGAUCAGUAUGCUGCACUAUAAUACGGAGGAGGAACUCAAAUCGCUUGUGAAGGUGUUGCGAGAAGUCGUUGCCGCGAUAUAAGCUGCCAUAGCCUGUCAUCUCACAUCGAAGUUCCAGUCUGAUGUUAGUCAUCGUUCGAUCGAAAUAGAUUGGACCCGUCCUCUUUGAACCAAUUAUGUCGGUUUCCAGCCGGGGCUUUGUCUGUUUGAAUGACUGCUGAGCCUAGGAUGCGUAAACAGCAAACUCGCAAUACAGACCAGACGUAGACAGCAGGUAAAUCAAAC